UGAGAAAAGUAGAAAAAUGAACUCUAAGAGUUUCUUUCAACUCUUUUUCAGAAUUUAAAGAAAUCAGCGUGAAGUCCGAGGAAAAGAUGGAUGACCAGCGCAGACUGCUGGGUUUCAGCCGGAUACCGAAGAUCAUCUUACACCGGAUAGAUUUCCCACAAUGCUGUGUGUACAAAGUGGAGGAGGUUCUCAAAGAAACAGAACCACAGAGGAACCAACUCAUCUCUCAUGGCGAGUCAAAAGGUCAGAACCAGGAUCAGGAAGGAAGAGAGGAAGAACGGGACCAGAAAGAGGAGCGUCACAGAGCCAAACAACAAAAACGCACAACUAACAGCUCAAAGCAAAAACAGCACAAGAAAGCUCACUCAUUGCAAAAAUUAUAUUCUUGUAAAAUUUGUAAUAAAACCUUUACUCAAUCGUGUAUGACCUGCGGACUUGCUCAAAAAGGUCAGUUACAAGUUAGCAUGACAACUCGCACAGGUGAGAGGCCUUUCUCAUGCGAGACCUGUGGAAAGUGUUUCUCUCGAAAAGAUAAUUUAAACAUUCAUAUGAAAGUUCACACAGGUGAGAAGCCUUUCUCAUGUGGGACAUGCGAAAAAAGCUUCAGGGUGAAAUCACAAUUACAUGAUCACAUGUUGAUUCAUACAGGUAAGAAGCCUUUCUUAUGUGGGACCUGUGGAAAGAGUUACAGAAGGAAAAGUCGUUUAACUCAUCACAUGGGGACUCACUUGGAUGAGAAGCCUUAGACCCGAAACACCUCAAAUUCAUGUUGGCUUCCAAUUCUGUGGAAAAUCUGGUCGGAUGAUGUUCAUCAACUAGAAAACGUUAAAGUCAACAGGCUUUGCAGGCAGCUAGUGAUUCACUGAAACAGCGUCUUUAAAUGUCUGGCAAAGAUAGACCUGAGGUUUAUUUUUGUUUUUUUUGUUUUACUUCUCAGUCGUAUUUGUCUUAAGAUCCCCAUCGGUAUUCCAUUAGAUACUGAAGUUAAAGAGGGCCACACAUUCAGCAGGGUUCAUUUCUGCGGGUUUCAGUUUUCAUGGAGUUCUGUACCAUGUAGGAUAAUUGAGUUUAUCUU